UCGCAUUCUUUAUCAACUCCAAGAUGAGCGCAACAAAAAAAAAGCUUUAAACAGAAAAACCUUAUUCAAACUUUCCACCUCUGUUUUCCCAUUGGCCACACCUCACUAUUAUUUUUCCCCAAAAGUGCAUCUUCUCUGUGCUCAAAGCACCCAAAUUAGUUGCAGAAUGCGUGCUGAUUGAAUAAACAACCAAUUAAACCCCCACAUCUCAAAAAGUUGAGACAUUUCGAAAGCCCUUUUAUUAUUUCUCUCAAAUGUUAUACCCUUUGUGUACAAGGUUACUUUACUCGUCAUUUUCAGUAUCUUUGUACGAGAAUAUGAUGAUGGGUUAUUAGUAUUAUUUCAAGAUUUGUGAUAUGAAGGUUUUGUGCAGAUUAUGGAUUCGGGUUUUCAGUUUCACCAUGAUCAAGCUUUGAGCUUUGGGCCGAAACGACACGCGAUAUCGUUUCGUUCGGGUGUGGUUGAUGCCGCAAGUGAGAUGAAUGAUCCAGCAGGUGUGGUGUAUUCUGGUAUGGUGAGUAGUGGUCCGACUGGUUAUGGUCGAAUUGGGAAUUCGUGUGCUUCGGGUGGUUCGGAGUUGGUUCCUGGGUUGAAGCAUGAUGCGGGUUUGGCUGUCGAGUGGUCGGUUGAAGAACAGCUUAAGUUGGAAGAGGGAAUGUCCAUAUAUGCAGAUGAACCCAACAUCAUGAAGUAUAUCAAAAUUGCUGCUACAUUGCGUGAUAAAACUGUUCGUGAUGUUGCUCUGAGGUGCAGGUGGAUGAUGAGUAAAAGACGGAAACACGAUGAGCUCAAGUUGGGGAGGAAGUUGAAAGAUAAAAAGGAUAAGCUGGUGGAAUUAUCAUCAAAGCCAACUAUAUCAUCGAAUUCAUCCAUGAAUGUGGUGGCUCCGUUUUCCGUAACCAUGAAUAAUCGGAUCCAGGGCGGUGGUAUUCCAUUGAACGCAUUAAGCAUCUCCACGAGGCGUCUUUUGGAACAAAACAGUCAAGUCCUUAGUCGGAUCUCGGCUAAUAUUUCUGCACUAAAACUGCAGGACAAUGUCAACCUGUUUAAUCACGCGAAGAACAAUUUAAGUGCGAUCUUAAAUGACAUGAGGUACAUUCCAGGACCGCCACUGCCUGUAUCGCUAAACACAGAUCUUGUUAAUACCAUUCUGCCCACUACAAGCCAGACCAUGACUUUUGGUUCAUCAAGCGGAAUGCAUCUUAAACAAGAGCCAGAAUAUUGAGUUGGGGAGUGUUUGGUUGUAAGUAUAGGAUUGAACCUUGUGUAAAUAUUAUACCGAUUGACCCUUUUGGGCUUAUUCUAUAUACCUGUAUUGGUUGACCGUUCGUGUCCAAGUCAACUAUGCAAAAACUUGUAGAAUGAUGCCAUUUUUGGAAAGCUAAUGUAACACCCCGUGUUUUCCCAAAAGUCAAAGUCAAAGUCAAGAGUUGACUGUUA